ACUGGAGGAAAGACAUAUAGGUGGACCACAGAAAGAAAAGUGGACCUCAGUACAGGACAGGUCUCCCACUCGUUCUUACUGGUCCCAGACUGUCCAUAUCCCCUUCUUGGGAGAGAUUUACUCUCCAAGUUGGGAGCCCACAUCCACUUCACUAGAAAGGGAGCUACUGUAAAAGGAAAAGAUGGAGCUCCACUACAGGUAUUAACCCUGUGGCUGGAAGAUGAACAUCGGUUAUAUGAGGGACCGAUAGCAGAAACUCCUGGUAUAUCUGAUUGGCUAACUAAAAUCCCCUUGGCAUGGGCUGAGACAGGAGGCUUGCCCAUCAACCAGCCUCCAAUAGUGGUCACACUAAAACCAUCUGCAACUCCGGUUUCAAUCAGACAAUACCCUAUGAGCAAAGAGGCCCGAGAGGGAAUCAGGCCCCACAUUCAAAGACUUUUACAAAUGGGCAUACUUCGCCCCUGCCAAUCCCCUUGGAACACCCCGCUGCUCCCUGUGAAAAAGCCAGGAACAAAUGACUAUCGACCAGUCCAAGACUUAAGAGAAGUCAAUUGGAGGGUAGAGAAUAUACACCCCACUGUUCCAAAUCCCUACAAUCUCCUGAGUACCUGGCCUCCCAGUCACAGGUGGUAUACUGUACUUGACCUGAAGGAUGUGUUCUUCUGCCUAAGGCUGAGCCCGGCUAGCCAGGCCAUCUUUGCUUUUGAAUGGAAGGACCCUGAAGCUGGAAUAUCGGGACAACUAACCUGGACGCGACUUCCCUAAGGAUUCAAGAACUCCCCUACUCUGUUUGAUGAAGCUCUGCAUUGUUACCUGGCUGACUUUCGGGUAAGAAACCCACAGAUUAUGCUCCUCCAGUAUGUAGAUGACCUCCUCUUAGCAGCCGAGAUGGAAGCAAGCUGUUUGCAAGGUACGGAGGCUCUCCUAUUGAGACUGGGGGAACUUGGAUAUCGGGCCUCGGCAAAGAAGGUCCAGAUCUGCCUACAGCAGGUAAACUAUUUGGGCUACCAGCUUGAGGGAGGACAACGAUGGCUGAUGGAAAGUAGAAAACAGGUAGUAGCCUCUAUUCCCCCACCAACUUCAGCCAGAGAACUCAGAGGGUUCUUGGGAAGUGCAGGAUUCUGUAGAUUAUGGAUACCGGGCUUCACCAAAAUAGCGGCUCCUCUAUAUCCUUUAACAAAGAACGGGACUCCUUUCAUCUGGGCUGAUGAACACCAGAGAGCUUUUGACAAAAUAAAAAGAGCGCUGCUGACGGCUCCAGCUCUAGGAUUGCCAGACUUGACAAAACCCUUUGUCUUAUAUAUAGAUGAAAAUAAAGGGAUGGCAAAAGGGGUCCUUACUCAGACUUUGGGACUCUGGAAAAGGCCAGUAGCUUAUCUCUCAAAGAAACUGGACAACGUGGCCGCUGGCUGGCCCCCAUGCUUGAGAAUCAUGACGGCAAUAGCAUCCCUGGUAAAAGACUCAGACAAACUCACUAUGGGUCAGCCCCUGACUGUUAUAACACCACAUGCAGUGGAGUCCAUCAUUAGACAGGCUCCUGACAGAUGUUUGUCAAAUGCCAGGGUGACCCAUCACCAGGCAUUACUAUUAAAUCCAGAAAAGAUCAAGUUUGGUAGCCCUGCCACCUUAAACCCUGCCACGCUGAUACCAGUCCCUGAGAAAGGCACUGAGAUUCCCCAUGACUUCCAGCAAGUACUUGCGGAGACGCAUGGGACUAGGGAAGACCUCACCGACCAGCCCCUAACAGAUGCAGAUGCCACCUGGUAUACGGAUGGGAGCAGCUUUCUGCGAGACGGAGAGUGUAAGGCAGGAGUGGCGGUGGUAGAUGUAGAAAAAAUAAUUUGGGCCCAAGCUCUGCCGGCCGGAACAUCAGCCCAAUGGGCUGAAUUAGAAGCCCUAACCCAGGCCCUAAAAUUAGCAGAGGGCAAAAAGGUCAAUAUUUACACUGACAGCCACUAUGCGUUUGCCAUGGCUCAUGUACAUGGAGAAAUUUAUUGGAGGAGGGGGCUCCUCACCUCAGUGGGCAAGAACAUUAAAAACAAAGAAACAAUAGUGGCCCUUCUACAAGCCUUAUACUUGCCUAAAAAGGUCAGCAUAAUUCAUUGCCCUGGACAUCAGCGAGACCAGGGGCUGAUUGCUCAAGCCAAUUGGAUGGCAGAUGAAGCUGCUCGUCAGGCAGCAGAAGGCACCUGCAUUUUCUACACCCAUUCCAACCUUAAGGCUGAAAUUGAGGCACAAAGGAGGGAGAUGCUCUUUUUACCUAUACUGAACAAGAUCUGGAACUCGGUAGUGCUUCCCCGAAAGGCAGCUCUUGAGCUAAUCUCCCAGCUCCACCAAUGGACACACUUAGGACACAUGAAACUAAAAACACUACUAGAAAGAGAAGAACAAUUCUAUUACUUCCCAGACCUUAACUAGCUAGUUCAGAAGGUAGUAGGAGAUUGUGUCUCAUGUUCCCUGGUGAAUGCUUCCAGAUCAAAGGUCCCAUCUGGCAAGAGAAAAAGAGGAACACGACCAGGGACUAAUUGGGAAGUAGAUUUCACUGAGGUUCUUCCAGGAAAAUAUGGUUGUAAAUAUCUCCUAGUGUUUAUAGACACUUUCUCAGGGUGGGUGGAAGCUUUCCCCACCCGGAAGGAAACAGCCCAGACUGUGGUGAAGACCUUCGUCUCCCAGGUAAGUCAGGGAGUGGCCAAAGCGUUGGGGAUCAAUUGGAAAUUACAUUGUGCUUACAGACCCCAAAGUUCAGGACAGGUAGAAAGAAUGAAUAGAACCAUUAAAGAGACCUUAGCUAAAUUAGCUCUAGAGACUGGCACUAAAGACUGGGUGCAGCUCUUACCUCUAGCUCUAUUUCGGGCUAGAAAUACUCCUGCUAUACACAGCCUAACCCCCUAUGAAAUCCUUUUUGGAGGACUGCCUCCUGUUCUCAAUGUAACCUUGUCCCCCUUGCCCUCUUCUUUUGAUAAUCCCAGCCUGAAAACAAGACUCCAAGUCCUCCAGAUCACCCAGAACCAGGUUUGGAGGCCUUUGGCUGCUGUCUACCGGCCUGGGAGUCCACGAAUGCCCCCCCACUCCUACCAAAUUGGAGAUCAGGUGUAUGUGAGAAGACACCAUGUAAAGACUCUUGAACCACGGUGGAAAGGACCCUACAUGGUUCUCCUGACUAUGCCCAUGGCCCUCAAAGUAGAUGGGAUUUUGGCCUGGAUCCACGCUUCCCACGCCAAAAGAGCACCGGCCCAGGAGGAUGCUGGAAAAUGGUUUGUCCCCAGUCAAGGAAGCCCCCAUCUCCCUAUACUGACCACCUGGCGGGUGAUCAAUCAAAUGGGUAUUGUAGUGUUUGAAACCUACCAAAUGGCACCCAAAGGCACUUGGUGGCCCACAUUGUAUCCAGAUUUGUGUAAAUUAGCCUUAGGAGCACCAGCGCCCUGGGACAUACCAGACUUCAUGGAUCCUGACAAAAUCCAUGGCCCGGAAGCUUACCCCCUGUGCACAGGGCCCCACUUAACAUGGGGAGGGUGUCGUGAACAACAACGGAACCUGUUACAUCUGUUAACCUUCUAUGUCUGCCCAGGUAACCAUCGAGAUAAGCGGCUCAACUCCCAAUGUGGAGAAAGGGACUACUUUUACUGUAAAAACUGGGGAUGCGAAACAACUGGGGACACCUGGUGGUCCCUGUCCUCAUCCUGGGAUUACAUCACUGUAAAAGCAAAUUAUUCUCAUAAGAGCCCAAACGGUCUUAAUCAGGACUGUUGA